GCGGGCGGGCGGAGGAGGCGGUGCCGUCUCAGCGAGUCGCAGUGUCGGCGUGUCACAAUGCCGAGGGAGAUCGAGCUGUGCCCCGGGCGGCGCGUCGGCGGCGACCAGCCGUGCUUCAUCAUCGCCGAGAUCGGGCAGAACCACCAGGGCGACCUGGACAUCGCCAAGCGCAUGAUCCGCAUGGCCAAGGAAUGUGGAGCAGACUGUGCUAAGUUCCAGAAGAGUGAACUGGAGUACAAAUUCAACAAGAAAGCCUUAGAAAGGCCCUACACCUCUAAACACUCCUGGGGAAAGACCUAUGGGGAGCACAAGCGCCACUUGGAGUUUAGCCAUGACCAAUACAGAGAGCUAAAGAAGUAUGCAGAGGAGAUUGGCAUUUUCUUCACAGCUUCUGGCAUGGAUGAGAUGGCUGUGGAAUUUCUUCAUGAGCUGGAUGUUCCAUUUUUCAAAGUAGGAUCAGGAGAUACAAAUAAUUUUCCAUAUUUGGAAAAGACUGCAAAGAAAGGUCGCCCAAUGGUGAUUUCCAGCGGCAUGCAGUCCAUGAACACAAUGCAUCAGGUUUAUCAGAUUGUGAAGCCCAUCAAUCCAAACUUCUGCUUCCUGCAGUGCACCAGUGCUUACCCACUUCAGCCAGAGGAUGUCAAUCUCCGUGUUAUAUCGGCGUAUCAGUCAGCUUUUCCUGACAUCCCCAUUGGCUAUUCGGGACAUGAAACUGGCAUAGCCAUUUCAGUGGCAGCUGUUGCUAUGGGUGCUAAAGUAGUGGAACGCCACGUGACCCUUGACAAAACAUGGAAAGGAAGCGACCACCAGGCAUCUCUGGAGCCAGACGAACUGGCGGAGUUGGUGAAAGCCAUCCGUACUGUGGAAAAAGCAAUGGGUUCUCCAGUCAAACAACUCUUGCCCUGUGAAAUGGCUUGCAAUGAAAAGCUGGGGAAGUCUGUUGUGGCGAAAGUGGCAAUUCCUGAAGGUGCCGUCCUGACACUUGACAUGCUGACCGUGAAGGUGGGAGAGCCGAAGGGAUUUCCCCCGGAAUCCAUCUUCGAUCUGGUGGGCCAGAAGGUUAAAAAAAGUAUCGAAGAAGAUGAAACCAUCACUGAGCAAGUAGUGGAAAAUCAUGUAAAAAAAGUGAAGUGCUAAACCAAAGCACUCCAUGUUUCACGCUGUACUACUGCACAGCAUAUUUAAGAGUAGCAAAGAAAGGGGCAUAAUUAUGGGGAUCCAAGCAGGUUAGCAUUUUCAGGUUCUCAUUAGUAGGAAGUUUCUGAAGCAAGGGGAUAUAAAUUACGAAGAGCAUUUUAUUAGAAACUGUACAGCAUUGUGCCUAAGAAAUACCAUGCUCCUCCCUUCUCCAUUCUACUUAACCUAGAUUAAUUCGGAGUUUUGUCAAAUCUGAGACCACAGUCUGUGCUUUCUGGCUUCCUUUUUCUGCUAAGAAUACAGUAAAUCAUAAGAAUUUUUCCUACUAGAAAACUUUCUACUAGAACAACUUUUGAGUUGUUCUAACCCCUUAUCUUUUGAUGUUCCUUUCUUUUCUGCCAUUUGCCUCACCCCCAUAAUAGCAGGACUCUAGCUGCAGUUGAAGGCAGCUAAGUGAGAGUUCACAUACCCUGAACAGAAAACUACACAUGCAACCUGAUGAAUUUUUCUCGAGAUGAAAGCCUUAAGAUGAAAAGUCUUGUGAUAAAACAGUGGGUUGCAGGAAUCUGCACUCUGUGGGAAAAUGGGCUUCUUGAGAAAUGUAGGUUUUCAAGAGACAGUACCAAGAAAGGAAGCAUACUGGAUAUGUAGAAAGGUCCCAUUUAAGGGGCAGGGGAACAUUUUUGUGAACUGAAAGGCAGGAGGGCAAGCCAGACAGAUUAAGCAGGUGAGAAAAGUAGCUCUGAGAUGAAUCAGUGGAAAUAAACCUAUGCUUUAAAAUUUGUCAGAAGCAUCUGUUGUGAGCUGAGUGAAGACUAGAUCUUAAAUCAAUUCUGCAGAGCAUUUGGAUACCUCUGUUUGGACCUCGGGAGGGGGUGUAACUUCUCGGGUAGGAAGCCAAGUGCUGGUGAAGAUUGAACAGCCCUUUUCCUGUACUAACAAGCAAAUACAUUAUGUUAGGGUUUUUCCCUCAACACUGGAGUUUGAGAUGACCAAGGCUGACUGCCUGACCACAUCACAUCAUUAUGUGAUGGUCAGUGCACCUCUUGUGUGCUCUACUCUUGCGUCCCAGCUUCUCACUUUCCAAGUAAGAAAUGCAAUCCCACUGCUGUGAGCCUGCUGCUUUUCCCUGUGACCAAGAAGGAGCCAUAUGGAAGCAGCUGCAAACUGGGCAUUCCCCAGUUACCUCUGAGCACAGAACUGCUUCGGUGUAAUUCAUCUGCUUUUUUUUUUCUGUGGUGGAAUCAUUUACUAGUGAUGGUUACUUGGAACUUGCUACUUUUAUUUUCAUCACAAGGUGGUGAAGUACCUAGAAUUUGGUGGUGGGUGUUUCUGUACCUGUGAGCUGUUCACUUUCAAAAUGUUUACCCUUCUGCAAUUCUGAGGAAACUGUACUCAUAUCUUCAAAUGGGGAAGCAGAGAUUGAGUCAUGUGCUUGAACAUACAUGAGCUGUGACUGAUACAGUAUGCUUGCCUUACAUUAAAAAACUACUCAAUUGUUAAAA